UGGGGGAUUCUCUUCUGCCUCUAAUGUCAGCGCACUUACACUCUGAGUUACGGGAAAGAUCAGAGAGUAGAAGUGGAAAUCAAAGCAGUGAAGUCACUACACCCGAGAUAACAAUAUCGGACUAUUCGGAUGAGCGUAUAACAGAAGUUUCAACGAUGCUGUCGCGACUUCACCAAGUGGUCCAUAAUAUGCACCAGCUACGCAUCAGCGACCGUGAACACGCACACUUGAGGGCUUUAUGUCUUUUUUCAUCUGAUGGCGUUCCAGAUUUUCUGACCCGAAAACUUCAGGACUAUCAGAUGAAAGUACUACGGUCUCUGCGCUCCAUUUGUGACGAGGAGCGGGCCUUGACCCUUGUCCUACAACUGUCAGUACUACGCAGUUUCACCCCGACCUUUAUAGAAGAUGUCUUCUUUGUAGGCUUCGUAGGAGACGUCAGCAUCGAUGAGGUGAUACCCUAUUUGUUGAAUGCGGAACGAUAAGUAAUUAUGUCAAAUCAGAGUGCUUAAAAAAUACUAUGUGUGAUAAUGUUGGUGUAAAAAAUCGGCGUGGGGGUAUAAGAAAUAAUAAUAAUUUGCCACGCCCUAAUUUAUUAAUAUAUGUAACGAUUUUAUAGUUCUAAUUUUGAUCACAUUAACUAACGAGAACUGUUGAACUAUAAUGACGUACAGCAACACUGUCAACAGUGUGUAACAACAAAGUAGGCCUUAAAUCUAACAACGGUCCUUUUUUGCACAGACUAACUGUAAUUUAAAAAUGUCAAUACAAUUGGUCACGUGACCCAUAGAAACUGCAUUCACUCUGUGUCACCCGAUCCAAAGUAUUUUUGUCUAAUUACAAAAAUAAAGAUUCUCGUUUUUGAAAUGGGUUGCUAGAGAGCAAAAACCCUUUCUAAGAAAAAAGAAAUUUCUUAGAACUUGUGAGCAAUUUUACACAGGUAAAAUUACUCACAUGUUGUAAGAAAUCAAAUCUUUUGAUUAAAAAUGCUAUUUUAAUUUUACAUGGACUUAUUUAGAUGCCAGUGAAAAAUUACGUAUGUUAUAUAAGUAAGUAAGUCAAUAUACAAUUGUACUAUUUUUAAACCUAAAAAUGGGUUGAAAUUUCUUUACUUGACUUUAGUGACUAUAGUACGGACGCGGAGCACGAAGAAUUUCGUACAAUGACCUUUGGGCCUACUGCCAGUGGUUAAAAACAUUUUUUUUAUAAGUAG